UUCACAGCCGUUUCAGUCGGGAUAUUCCCAGUGGCAGGAGAUUCCGAGUGGGAAAUUCCGCCAGGCAUUUCAGCUUCCGUUAGUGUUUAUAUUCCUCGCAUUCCGUGUCGGAAAAUCCGCGUCUUACUACGUGUUCGGAUCAGCGAUCACGUGCUGCGGUGGGAUUGCUGCGUGACCUUUUCUCGGUACUGCUAAUCCUGUGCUCUUGUUACGAUCAAUUCACGAUAUUGCUCAGCCUGCGUCUACGACACUGCGUAGCCUCCUUUUACGAUGCUGCUGAUCCUGCGGUCUUGUUACGUCUCUAAUUCAACGGGUCCCUGAUUCUCAGUUGCCUGACUACCAGAAUCGGGAUCCGCGAGUCGAUUUGUACGGUCGAGCCUCUUCAGAAGCAGCGAUCAGAGUUUGUAGCCGAGAGACGCAGAGAGCCGCGGAGAGCCGCAGAGAACCGCAGAGUGACGCACAGUGACGCAGAGAGGCGCAGAGAGGCGCAGAGAGCUGCGGAGAUCCAUGGCCGCGCAGGAAUCUUCCGCUGGAGCUGCCGCUCCCCCAUCGGCGUCUGCCGCCAGUCCAGCGGCGCCUCCCGCCGCUCCCCAGGAUCCUUCCGCCUCACCCCCAGCGGCGCCUGCCGACACUUCAGCAGCGCCUUCCGCCUCUCCCCCAGAUCCUUCCGCCACUCCCCCAGCGCCUACUGCGCCGCCGUUGGCGGAGGCGGAGGGUGGAGGGCAGGGCCAGAGUCAGGGGCAGGGGGAAGGUGAGGGACGGGGAAGAGAGGAGGCGGUGGCGGGUGGGGAGCAAGGAGGGGGAGGGGGGGAAGCGGAACGGGGCGGGGCACAGGGAGGGGGACAGGGGCAGGGGCAGGGCGGGGGGCGGGAGGAGGCGGAGGGGUGGUACAAGAUCAAGCGCGUGUCGUUCCUUGGGCGGGAGCACGUGCCCAUCGUCAUGCAGAACGACAACGGCCCCUGCCCGCUGCUCGCCAUAGCCAAUGUGUUGUUACUGCGUAACGCCAUCUCUCUCCGUCCGAGUGCCACCGAGAUCUCCCUGUCGGAUCUGCUGUCGCUGGUGGCGCACCGCCUGCUGGACAGCAACACAGGCAUGGAGGGCCGCUCGGCUGAGUACAUCACCAACCGCCAGCAGAACGUGGCUGACUGCAUGGCUCUGCUGCCACGCCUCGCCACAGGGAUUGAUGUCAACGUGCGGUUCACAGGCAUCCACGCGUUUGAGUUCACUCCAGAGACGGCCAUUUUCGACCUGCUGGAUAUCAGCCUCGUGCAUGGAUGGCUGGUGGACUCGCAGGAUUCAGCCACAUCCAAAGCAGUGGGUGCUCUCUCCUACAACAGCAUUGUGGAGCGCCUUGUGGCCCUGCAGGCCUCCCACCCCGACCUUGCUGCUGCGCUCCUGGGAGGGGGAGGGGGAGGGGGAGGUGGCGGAGGGGGGAAUGGAGAAAGUGGGGGAGGAGAGGGAGGGGAGGAGUCAGGGGAAGGAAGGGCAGGCGGUGCAGAAGCUGAUAUGAAAGAAGCAGAAGGGGCCAGGAGAGAGGGGAAAGGGGGCGCAGGUUUGGGCGGUGAAUCCGAGCACGUGACAGCAGAAGCUCUGGCUGAUUCCAUUGCCGCUCUGCUGCUCGCCGAACCUCUUCCACUUUCUAAACCUGUAGAGGCUUCUGAACCUCUGCCAUCAUCCAAGCCUGUACCAGCCACCAAACCUGCAGUAGCACCCGAAGCUCUACUAGCAUCCGAGCCUCUUCCAGCUUCGGCAGGUGCAGGAGAGAAGAGGGCGGGGAGUGGGGAUGAGGGUAGGGAGGGGCACAGGGAGGAGGGUAUGCAGGGGUGCAAGGAGGGAGGGGAAGAAGGGAGGCUGGAGAGCAGAGAAGGGUUGGAGAGGAGUGGGGAGGCCAGCGAGGGGCAUAUAGACGGGAGAGAAAGGGAUGGAGCAGGGGAGAGAUCACUGGGCGCGGAGGGUACAGCAGCCCAGGAGGAGCAGUCAGGGGCGCUGGGUGCUAGGGACGCUGGGGGUGCAGCAGAGGCAGAGGGAGGGUGUGGGAGAGGAAGUGAUUGUGGGGCGAGAGAGGGCAGCGGAACGGGUGCAGCAGAAGCAACAGCAGGGACAGCAGGAGGAGCAGGAGGAGCAGGAGGAGCAGGAGGAGCAGGAGGGGCAGGAGGGGCAGGAGGGGAAGGAGGGGGAGGAGGAAGAGGAGACAAAGUGGUGGAAGCUCAACCGAUAGAGUCUCAAGGGGAGAUGCGAGACGAUGUGAGGGAAGCUCUGCUCCUAUUUACAUUCCUCAACGACACAGCCAGCCAGCUUACCUACCAUGGUCUCUUUAGCCUACAGGAGGGUGUGAAGGACAAUCAGUUCUGCGUGUUUUUUCGCAACAACCACUUCAGCACUCUCUUCAAGCGCACCAGCCAGAUCUACCUCCUGGUGACGGACCAGGGCUACUUGAACCAACCGGGCAUUGUGUGGGAGCGGCUGAGCGAGGUGGAGGGCGACAACCAGCUGUGCGAAGCGGACUUCAGUCCCUUCGCUCCUCCCCCGUCACUGGCGCUGUCGCAAUCGGGUGCUGCUGCUGGGCAGUGGACGCACGAGGAUGAUGCUGCCAUCGCUGCGGCUGCUGCUGCUGGCAUUGAGGGACUGGAGCUCGUGCCAGGCAUGGAUGCAUACCAGUACGUUCCACGCAAGGGCAUUGAGGGACUGGAGCUCGUGCCAGGCAUGGAUGCAUACCAUUCCGACCUGCAGCUCGCUCUAGCCCUGCAGCAGCAGGAGGUGGAAGCAGCAGAGAGGCAGCAGGGAGCGGGGAGGGGGAGGGGGUUGAGGAGCGAAGGAGGGGGUGGUGGUGGGAGGGAGAGCAGCGGGUGGGGCAGCACGUGGGAAGCGGUUACAGGGCUCAUCUUUGGCGGCAGUCAGCCAAGGUCGCCUGCUCGACCCUCUGCCACUCGCAUGGCUUCACAGCACUCCUCCCAGCACCCCCACUCCCCUCAGCCACAGCACCCCCGCUCGUCCCAGUCUGCCUCAUCCCCGCCGCUGCAGUCUGCCUCUCCUGGCCGAGCCAACCAGGGCAGGGGGCAGCAGCGCAGAGGAGGGGCGGCACAGAGCGAGUGCUCUCUCAUGUGACUCACGUGGUUCGGUACAUGUGAGCUUCACUAGUGAGGGAAUGGGGGGGGUAAGGCAGGAGCGCAGGGGGGGAGGGAGCCGCGCAGAGCGACUGAGCUUCACAUGUGAGGGAUUGCGGGCAGGGGCCAGCAGCCCGGGGGGGGGGGGGGUGGGGUGGGGGGGGUGGAGGAGGGGGGGGGGCUCUCAGAGCGAGUGCUCUCUCAUGUGACUCAAGAUGCUGCCUCGUGUUGCCGGUCCUACAAGCAUCAGAGUGACUGCUGUGCAGGGGAGGGGCGGCAUAGAGUGACUGCUUGCUUCUCAUGCGAUUCACUUUUGCCAUUGUAAUUUCACUUCCUUCAUUUCACUUCAAGUAAUUUCACAUUAAUUUCACUUGUGGUAAUUCCACUUAUAGUAAUCUCACUAGUAAUUUCAGUUCCAAGUAACUUCACU